AUGAAAUGUACCCGCAUCACCGUACUGCUGCUUCUGCUGCUGAGCUGCUGUCAACUGUACGUCCGAGAUGUGGAAGCCAUUGGCAUUACAGUGACCGUUGCUGGUAUUGCAGCAGCUCUAGGCGGGGGCUACUUCAGCAAGGACAUCAUUCUCUGCUACCUGGAGUGCUGCAAUGACCGCAAGUCCAACCAGUGGAUCAACUUUCAGCCCAGCUUUGAGGAGAUUGAGCAGAAGCUCUUCGGGCAGCACAUUGCCGUACAGCUGGUGAAGCGAAGCAUCCGUCAGCAUUUGAAGAAUGAAAAUCCACCCAAGGCGCUGGUGCUCUCCUUUCACGGGUACACCGGCGUGGGGAAGAACUACCUGGCGUCGCUAAUUGCCAAGGCCAUAUACCGGCAAAACAGCGGCGGAGAGGCUAUCAACGCACAAACCAACCUACUACGUGCGCAGGGAGUGUCCAGGGACAAGAUUCCGCUCACCUCCUAUGACUCCAUUCUCAACUCCAAAGCCAUUCGUGAGGGUGGUCUGAAGAAUGCAGAGCUGAUCAGCCGCGGCAUCAUCGAUCUUUUUGUGCCGUUCCUUCCGCUGGAGCGGGAGAACGUGAAGAAGUGCAUUGAGGUGUACCUGCGAGAUCACCGCAACUACACCACACCACUAAUCAAACCAGGCAGCGAGUUCAUCGAGAAGGUGGCCGAUCAGCUCACCUACAUACCCGACACUGACGUGUACUCACGCUUUGGCUGCAAGAGGGUGGCCGUCACUGUGGACAUCAUGAUCAAUGACGACUGA